AUGGCGGCACAAGAAACUUCCGGCGACCGGCCGGCCACGCUCAGAUCAAGGCGCAGAGCAUCAGAGCGCUGCAUCAACGCCUGCUGCAUUUACCUCUUCGCCGGCGCCGCCGCGGCCUGCGUCGCCGUCCUCAUCCUCGGCCUCACCGUGGUCCGCGUGAAAACCCCCACCGCAAAAUUAAGCUCCGUCGCGGUAAAAAAUCUGAGCUACGGCUUCUCCCCAAACCCUUUCGUGGACGCCACAUUAAUCGCCGAGGUAACCAUAGAAAAUCCGAAUUUUGGAGAAUUCAAGUACGAGGAAAACACGGACGCCAGCUUCAUUUACUACGGCGUGGCGGCGGGAAUCGGCGAGGUGAAACGGGUGUCCGUAAAUGCAAAGGGCGUGAAGAGGACGAGCUUUAGUGUGGAAGUGAAAACAAAUGCGAGCGUUGCUGACGUGGAUUACAUGAGCUACGAUUUAGCGAGUCUGAAGAGGAUGAAUAUGAGCUGCAUCGCCGAGUUUGAAGGGAGGGUCCGUUUGUUGAAAUUGUUUAAGGAGAUGAAAGUUUCUUUGUUGAAAUGUACCAUGACUCUCAACUUCAGCUCCCAUGCCAUCCACAAUCUUGCUUGCCAAUAG